AUGGGCUCUUUCGAAAGCAUGCUGACACCCCGAGAUCUGAAAACUAUAUUGGAUCGCUUGUUGUGGAAAACUGAUUGUACAACAUCAGGGAAUUCCGUCGUCUUCGAUUGGAGUGCUCAUAGCAAUUCCAAAAUACAAGUGGCUGCAUUCUAUAGCGAUUGCGAGCAUGAAAUCAGCGACGUUACAGAGGCCCAUCGUAUUACCUUGACAUACAAUCUUUAUGUUACAGAUUCUGGGUGUGGAUCAGUUCCUCGAAAUGUGAAUCUUGACCCCAAAGCACUGCCCCUUUACGAGCGCUUGAGGGAUUUACUGGCUGAACCUGGAUUCAUGAAAGAAGUUCCUUUGCUUCACAAUGAUGAUGCUGAUAUUCGUAGGUGGUAUUCUCGGUGUUCACUGUGCUCAUGCAUACCGCAUGCAUCCUCACAAGACCAGGAGUUACUUCCAAAGGGGCUCAAAGGUGCAGACUUGGCCGUAUACUCUGUUUUCCAGUCGCUCGGCGUAGACUUUCACGUUCUCCCAGUGCUGAAGGAGAAGGAGUGUGAUUGA